GUGGUCCCGCAGAAGUCCAAGAAGAAGCCGAAGACGAUGACCAAGAUGAGUAUGAAGAGGAAAAGCCAAGGCCAAAGUUAACAGCUCCGAAGAUCCCGGAAGGGGAGAAGGUGGAUUUCGAUGACAUCCAGAAGAAAAGGCAAAACAAGGAUCUGAUGGAGCUCCAGGCCCUCAUCGACAACCACUUCGAAGCCAGGAAGAAGGAGGAGGAGGAGCUGAUUGCCCUCAAGGAGAGAAUCGAGAAGCGCAGAGCCGAGAGGGCUGACCAGCAGAGAAUCCGGGCGGAGAAGGAGAAGGAACGCCAGAACAGGCUGGCGGAGGAGAAAGCCCGGCGUGAGGAAGAGGAUGCCAAGCGGAAAGCUGAGGAUGACCUGAAGAAGAAGAAGGCUCUGUCCUCCAUGGGCGCUUCCUACAGCAGCUACCUGGCCAAGGCCGACCAGAAGAGAGGGAAGAAGCAGACAGCCCGUGAGAUGAAGAAGAAGAUCCUGGCAGAGAGGAGGAAGCCCCUCAACAUCGAUCAUCUCGGCGACGACAAACUGAGAGACAAGGCUAAGGAGCUGUGGGAAUCCCUGCACCAGCUGGAGACCGACAAGUUCGAGUUUGGGGAGAAGCUGAAGAGGCAGAAAUACGAGAUCACAACCCUCAGGAACCGGAUCGACCAGGCCCAGAAGCAGUAGUACCCCAGCCCGCUCCCGCCGAGG